CUGGAUUCGACGCUCAUCGUGAAGCAACGCACGGACCUUGUGGAUCACAGAUUCGGGUCACCAAGAGAUUACAUUGGGACAAACGAUCAGUAACUCUUCAUCGGAAACCGUAAUACGUGUGUUCUCUAGUGUUGUUAACUUAAUCGUAACCGUUCCCCGCCAAUUACAAGGUGAGGUCAGUGUUGGUAGGGGGGUUUACUUGGUUGUAACGUGGACAGGGCCAACUGUUCUCAAAUGUGUAUAUUGUGGAAGUGGACAAUGGCGAGUUAUAUACAUAUCUGCAUGUUAUGGAAGUGGACGAAAGUCUACAUAUUAUGGAAGUGGACAAUAGAUAGUUAUAUACUUAUCUGCAUAUUGUGGAAGUGAACACUAGCUAGUUAUAAACAUAUCUGCAUAUUACGGAAGUGGAUUGUAGCUCAUUAUAAACACAUCUGCAUAUUGUGGAAGUGAAAAGUAGAUGGUUAUAUAUUUAUCUGCGUGUUAUGGAAGUGGAAUUUUGCUAGUUGUAUACAUAUCUGGAAGUGUACAAUGACUAGUAAAAUACACAUCUUCAUAAUAUGAAAGUGUACAAUGACUAGUUAAAUACACAUCUGCAUAUUAUGGAAGUGUAAAAUGACUAGUAAAAUACACAUCUUCAUAUUAUGGAAGUGGACAUUGUCUAGUUAUAUGCAUUUAUAUAUAUAUAUAUAUAUAUAUAUAUAUAUAUAUAUAUAUAUACAUAUAUAUAUAUAUAUAUAUAUAUAUAUAUAUAUUGAUAGUUGUAAUUAAUAUUAUUGAUACACGUUGUGAACCAUUGCUGCAUAGCAAUGUAGCGAGCAGUAAUGUCAUUAAUAGUUAUGUACAUUUCCUUAUAUUUUUGUAAAUGAUACUGUUUAUAUUAUUACUAAUAUACAAUUUCGUAUGUUAACUUAUAUUUGUUAAAUGCUGUUUGGUAUACUUAAUUUGUGUUCGUACCAUCUUUGCUAGUAAUGAACCUUGCUGUACACCUAUGUAGUUGACAUCAUCAUCAAUACUGUUUAUCUACCUACUGGUAAACCACACAGUGGUACUUUCUUGUUAUAAAGUGCAAACAGUAUUGAAGAACCGGCCAUAAGAGAAAGAACAAAUAAAGAUUUUUUAUUUCUUUAAAAAAAAUAUUAUGUAAUCAAGGGUUUGGAUAAGCAAUUAUUGAUGAGUUUGUGUCAGAUGUUUCUGACAGGUAAGAUUGUGAUAGUAGUGUUUAAGAGGUAACUGUGGUAGUGGUGCGUGUAUGUGUCAAUAGUUGGUUCUGAGUAGUAGUUCGUGUUACAGGUAUGUUUGUGGUAGGGAUAUUUUAUGACACAUACGUUUGAGGUAGGGAUGUUUAUGACAGGUAAGUUUGAGGUAGGGAUGUUUAUGACAAGAACGUUUGUGGUAGGGAUUUUUAUGACAAGAAAGUUUGUGGUAGUGAGGUUUAUGACAGGUAAGUUUGUGGCAGUGGUGUUUAGGACAGGUAAGUUUGUGGCAGUGGUGUUUAGGACAGGUAAGUUUGUGGCAGUGGUGUUUAGGACAGAUACAUUUGAAGGGUUGUGUGAGACAGUUUGGUUUGUUAUUGUAAUAUGAGUGUGACAAGUAGUUUUGUGGUAAGAUAUUUAGGAGUGACAGGUACAUUCGUUGCAGUGCUACGUGAUGUGUGUGUUUUACAGGUCAAUGUGUGGUAGUUGUGUGUGUGACACAUGAGUACAUAUACCAGGGGUGUGAGAGUCAGGUGGGUUUGUUUGAGUUGACAGGACCAGGUGAGUUUGUGAGUGGGGAAGGUGAGUUUGCUUGCGUUGACUGGACCAGGUGAGUUUGUGAGUGGGACAGGUGAGUUUGUUUGAGUUGACUGGAACAGGUGAGUUUGUGAGUGGGACAGGUGAGUUUGUUUGAGUUGACUGGAACAGGUGAGUUUGUGAGUGGGACAGGUGAGUUUGCUUGCGUUGACUGGACCAGGUGAGUUUGUGAGUGGGACAGGUGAGUUUGUUUGAGUUGACUGGAACAGGUGAGUUUGUGAGUGGGACAGGUGAAUUUGUUUGAGUUGACCGGAACAGGUGAGUUUGAUAAAACAUUUGUUCAGGUCAUUUUGUGUUUUGGUGUUUGGACUGGUGGGUUAGUGACAGCUGGGGGGCUUGCUGGGUGGUGCGCGGGACAAGAACGCUCUGUGAAUGCAGUAACGACUUUUUUUUAACAAGUCCAAUUUUGUUGUUGUUGUCAUUUGUUUGAAUUCAAGCUACAACGCCACCAAAUUUCCUACAGUGUGUCGGCUUGGCGUGACCCAUGCGCAAUAACCAGUGUACCGGCUUGGCGUGACCCAUGCGCAAUAACCAGUGUGUCGGCUUGGCGUGACACAUGCGCAAUAACCAGUGUGUCGGCUUGGCGUGACACAUGCACAAUAACAAACUGACUUCAUUUUUUUUUUUUUUUUAUCUUGCUCUCUUUAAAAGGAAAGACCGACUGAAUUUACAACUGUGCACAUCAAAGUGUAGUCUCUCCUGACAUGAUGGUGAACAUACUGAAUCUUACCGCCUGCCUGGUGUUGAUGUGCGUCAUGAAACUGGGUACGUCUUUCUCGGUCUGUUCGAAGCUGUAGACAACACGCACAUUGAUUGAAUGUUGACACAACCUCACACAGGCAAAAACAUGCAUGGCUUAUUGACCAACACACAUCUAAGGUUUAUUCAAGACAAUAUUAACACACACAAAAAUUGUAACAAGAUUUAUUAUCUAGGUAUUAUCGGUUUUUUUUUUACACUGGUUCCGUGUAUUUUGAGAAAAUAUCCCGUGGGUCAAAGUGUUACCAAAAAAAAAAAAAAAAGAUUUAAUUUCUUAUUUUCUAUAAUAUAUGCCAGCCUUUAAAGAUAGUCCUACAGACAGUUAUUAAAAAAAUAGCCUACCGACAGUACUACACACUAUCUGACAGCUAUUAAACAAUAGACCUAUAGAAGUUCCUAUAUAUAUAUAUAUAUAUAUAUAUAUAUACAUAUAUAUAUAUAUAUUAUAUGUAUUUAUCUGUAUGCACAUAUGUUUAAAUAGAUUUCAGAAAAACGGGGAGUUGACACAAAUAUUAAAAGAUUGAAAAAUUUAACAUUUCAGCUUAGAGUUAUGUAGUGAUUUUCAAAAAUAAUUAAACCAGUAUUUCAAUUUUCAGGAUAUGAUGUAGACGCGCAUCUACCUAAAGCAGAGGCAUCUGGGACAUCUGGGGUUCAUGGAAGGAAAGGGAUGCCUGGUAGCAAUGGUCAAGCUGGGCCUCCUGGGGAAACAUUGGGGGCUAAAGGACCUCUGGGAUUCAGGGGACACAGGCUUGGCGGGAGUCCUGGACGCAGUGGGCAACCCGGGACACCUGGAAAGAAUGGUUCGCCCGGUGGAGAAUGUCUGGCCAUGGGAACUGCGGCUGCUGGAGAGCCGGGGCUGGCCGGGGAGGAUGGGGCGCCUGGAUUGCCCGGCUACCCUGGUUUUGCUGGGGCACAGGGGGCUCCCGGUGGACC